UAGUGGCUGAGAUGUUAAAUAGAGAGCCAGGAGAGGGGGAAGUGAUCAGAUCUCAUAGAGAACCCAGCAAGGCAGGAAAGAGGAGAAAAGACUUGCAGCAUCACAGUGAUUGUAACUGUGACAUGAGAGAGAGAUCCUGAGAAAAACGAAGAGGACGAAUACUGAUCAUCUCAAGCAUCAUGAAAAAAGUUAUCCAAGUCUUGUGCUUCUCUCUCUUAAUAACCUUAUGCAAGUGUGCUGUGAUCACUGGGGCCUGUGAGAGGGAUCUCCAGUGUGGAGGUCGGACAUGCUGUGCCAUCAGCUUGUGGCUCCGCGGGCUCCGGAUGUGCACCCCAUUAGGGCAAGAGGGAGAUGAAUGCCACCCCAUUAGUCACAAGGUUCCUUUCUUUGGAAAACGACAACAUCAUACCUGCCCAUGCUUGCCAAAUUAUAUAUGUUCCAAAUUCAUUGAUGGCCGAUACCGAUGUUCUAUUGACUUCAAGAACAUAGACUUUUAAUAAAAAGGAAAGAGUCUCCAGGCCCUUCCUAUCCCAGAAUCCCCGCAGCACACAUCACUUAACCACAUUCUUCUGCUUCAACAUUUACAAGGGCAUUGAAAUUCCCAUCUACACAAGUAUUAUCCACUGACUUAUCUAGGAUUACAACAAUGUAGGAGGUCAGUGACUUGUUUCAGUGCAAACUUCCAAUAAUUGCCCUUACAAACAAUUAAAGGGGGUUUCAGAGUUGUAAAUGUAAGCGGCAUAACUGGGUAGAUCUGUGUUUGUGGAAGUCUCACCAAUAUAUUUUAAAAAGUAUUUUGAAGUUCAAUAAACACUAUUUGAGCCCA